AUGAAAUCUUUACAUCUUUUACUAUCUCUACUACCCCUCACCUUGGCCGCCACUAUCGAGAAACGGGCCAACCCGCAGGGCAUCGAUGUUUCUCACUUCCAACCGAAUGUCGACUGGGCGAAGGUCAAAGCGAACGGGAUUUCAUUCGCUUUUAUGAAAGCGACCGACGGAACCUCGUUCAAGGACCCCUCGUUUUCAUCUCAUUUCACUGAUGCCACGAAUGCUGGCCUUAUUCGUGGAGCGUAUCACUUUGCCCGUCCAGACGCAAGCUCAGGAGCUGCGCAAGCUAAUUUCUUUUUGUCUAAUGGGGGUGGAUGGUCGGCUGAUGGAAUCACUUUCCCUGGUGUAUUGGACAUUGAGUUUAAUCCAAAUGGCGCCAAUUGUUACGGUCUGAGUCCCGCUGCCAUGGUCAGCUGGGUCAAGGAUUUUUCAGAUACGUACCACGCAAAGACCACUAGGUUCCCGAUCAUCUACACAAACACGAACUGGUGGAAAGAAUGCACCGGUAACAGCGCAGCGUUCGCUUCCAAUCCACUUUGGAUUGCUCGCUUCACCACUGCCGCUACUCCUGGUGAAUUACCGGCGGGUUGGCCAACGUUCACUUUCUGGCAAUUUGCGGAUCAUGGUUCCAAUCCUGGCGAUGCAGACAAUUUUAACGGUGAUCUUGCAGCGCUCAAAAAAAUCGCUACUGGAUAG